GUCUAUGCCUCCUACACCUCGUGCACUGGAGAUUCAUCUAUUUCAUUAGUAUUAUUUUGAAAUAAAUCAAAAAAUGUCUGCUAUAAGUUUGUUAAAUCCUAAAGCUGAGUUUGCGCGGGCAUCUCAAGCAUUAGCAGUAAACAUUUCUGCUGCAAAAGGUAUUCAAGAUGUGAUGAGAACUAACCUCGGUCCUAAAGGCACAAUGAAAAUGUUGGUGUCGGGGGCGGGUGACAUCAAGAUCACGAAAGACGGCAAUGUGUUGCUCCACGAGAUGCAGAUCCAACACCCGACGGCUUCGUUGAUCGCGCGCGCGUCCACGGCGCAGGACGACGCCACCGGUGACGGCACCACGUCCACCGUAUUACUCAUCGGCGAACUCCUGAAGCAAGCUGACAUUUACAUCAGUGAAGGUUUGCACCCAAGGAUUGUCACUGAAGGAUUUGACCUGGCUCGUACCAAGGCCCAUGAAGUGCUGGAAUCCAUGAAGAUCCCAAUUGAAGUCACCAGGGAAAGCUUGCUUGAUAUUACAAGGACCUCUUUAAAGACAAAGGUCCACCCCAGCCUCGCAGACGUGCUGACCGACGCGUGCGUGGACGCGGUGCUGGCCAUCCGCACGCCCGGCAAGCCCGUCGACCUCCACAUGGUGGAGCUGAUGGAGAUGAAGCACAAGACUGCCACAGAGACUACACUCGUUAGAGGUCUAGUAUUGGACCACGGCGCGCGUCACCCAGACAUGCCCAAACGCGUCGAGAAUGCAUACAUUCUCACUUGCAAUGUAUCACUGGAAUAUGAGAAAACUGAAGUCAAUUCAGGUUUCUUCUACAAAUCAGCUGAGGACAGGGAGAAACUGGUUGCUGCUGAAAGGGACUUCAUUGACCAGAGAGUCAAGAAGAUUAUCGCUCUAAAGAAGAAAAUCUGUGAUGGCACUGACAAGAGCUUUGUAGUUAUCAACCAGAAGGGUGUUGAUCCUCUAUCUUUGGACGCUUUGGCGAAGGAAGGCAUUGUGGCUCUCCGCCGCGCCAAGAGGCGCAACAUGGAGCGCUUGGCUCUGGCUUGCGGCGGCACCGCCAUGAACUCCGUCGACGACCUCACCGAAGAGUGUCUGGGUUACGCGGGACUGGUCUAUGAACACGUUCUUGGAGAGGACAAAUUUACGUUCGUUGAACAAUGCAAGAACCCCAUGUCCGUCACGAUCCUCAUCAAGGGCCCCAACAAGCACACUCUGACGCAAAUCAAGGACGCCGUCCGUGACGGUCUGAGAGCCAUCAACAACGCUAUCGACGACAAAUGCGUCAUCGCGGGCGCAGGCGCCUUUGAAAUUAAGGCUAAUAUGGAGUUGCAGAAGUAUAAGGAUACCGUGAAGGGCAAGUCCCGUCUUGGCAUCCAAGCUUAUGCUGAAGCCUUGCUGAUCAUCCCCAAGACUCUAGCUAUCAACUCCGGUUACGACGCGCAAGACACGAUUGUCAAGCUCCAGGAGGAAUCGCGCCUCAGCCCCGACCCGAUCGGCUUGGACUUGAGUUCCGGGGAAGCUGUGAAGCCCGCAGACAUGGGUGUUUACGACAACUACAUUGUCAAAAAACAAAUACUCAACUCCUGCUCGGUCAUCGCGAGCAACCUCCUCCUCGUGGAUGAGAUCAUGAGAGCGGGAAUGAGCAGCCUAAAAGGAUAAUACAAUGAGAACUUUAUUUUAACACUUCGACUAAAUUUCGCUCACAAAAUGUGCUUUAUGUUUAGUAUUACUACCACAGCAUUUUAUGUUUGCAUUACAUACAUUUUCUUCAUUUAUUAUAAAUGCUAAAAAUGUGCUAUGAGUAUAGCAUGCACUAAUAUUAACUAUUUUACUAAAUACAUGCCUUAAUUUA